CGACAAAACUUCAUAGCGGAGCGAGUGACAUAUUGUUCCUAUAAUCUCUUCUUUUUCUAUUAGUUGUCAUUACAAGUGUUGGAAUAACACUUACUGCAAUGAACUUCACAGUGGAGUGGCAUUCUCCUGAAACUGAUCACCAAUGUUAUGUAGCUGCCCAACCAGUAGCUCAGCUUGUUCCUCUGUUUUCCGCUCAAAUGUUCAAGAGCUUAAAUUAAGGUGUACAAUGCAUCUGUUAUGUAUCAUAAAUGUUUGAAAUCAAUCAGUCA